UUCCCCCUCCUCCUGCCGCUCCUCCCGCCGCCCGGCCCGGCCCGGCUCGGCUCGCCAUGGGCGAUGUGGUCUCCACGCACCUGGACGAGGGUCGCCGCCAGCACAUCGCGGAGAAGACGGGGAAGGUGCUGGGCGAGUUCUGCCGGUGCUACAAGGAGCAGUUUGGAGUCGCUCUGUUCAACAGUGUCCGCUAUGAGAUCGAGGGCGCGGGGGGCCCGCAGGCCCAGCUGCUGCACCGCAAGGUUCCAUUGGAGGACCACGUCAUCUACUCGGGCAAUAUCUUCCAGUACAUCGAGGAGAACAAGAAGUGGAGGAACCGCUUCUGCGUGGUGCCACACAACUACGGGCUGGUGCUCUACGAGAACAAACUGGCCUAUGAACGGGAGCUGCCACCCCGAGUGUUGGUCAACAGCGCCGGCUACAAGGUCCUCACCUCCGUGGAGCAGUACCUGGAGCUGGUCAACCACAGCCUGCCAGGUGUGACCCCCAAAUCGGGGCACUCGCCCAUCCUGAAGUGCCCCACGGAUUUCCCGCUGAUCCUGUGGCACCCCUAUGCCCGGCACUAUUAUUUCUGUGUGAUGACGGGCAAGGAGCAGGAGAAGUGGCGGGCGGUGUUCCAGGACUGUGUGCGGCACUGCAACAACGGGAUCUCCGAGGACUCCAGGGUGGAGGCUCCAGCCUUCACGGACGCCAUCCGCAUGUACCGGCAGUCCAAGGAGCAGUACGGCACCUGGGACAUGCUCUGCGGCAACGAGACCCAGGUCCUCAGCAACCUGGUGAUGGAGGAGCUGCUGCCCGAGCUGAGGAGCACCAUCGGCCCCCGGCUGAAGGGCAAAGCCCCGGAGCGCCAGCGGACCUGGAUCCAGGUGUCGGAUGCUGUCUAUAGGAUGGUCUAUGAGCUGGCCAAGGCGCAGUACGACGCAGCCGUGGCCGGGUGUGAGCAGGAGCGGCCGCAGCUGGAGAGCACCAUCCGCACGGACAUGGACCAGAUCAUCACCUCCAAGGAGCACCUGGCCAGCAAAAUCCGAGCCUUCGUCCUGCCCAAGGCAGAGGUCUGUGUCCGUAACCACGUCCAGCCCUACAUCUCCUCCAUCCUGGAGGCCCUGAUGACCCCCACGAGCCAGGGCUUCGCCGAGGCGCGGGAGGUGUUCUUCAAGGAGGUCACCGACAUGAACAUGAACGUCGUCAACGAGGGCGGCCUGGAGAAGCUGGUGGAGUACAUGGAGAAGCUGUCCCACCUGGCCUUCCACCCCGUGAAGAUGCAGUCGUGCUAUGAGAAGAUGGACCAGCUGAAACUGGAGGGUCUUCAGCAGCGGUUCGAUGUCUCCAGCACGUCCGUCUUCAAGCAGAGGGCCCAGAUCCACAUGAGACAGCAAAUGGACGAUGCCGUGUACACCUUCGAGACUCUGCUGCACCAGGAGCUGGGCAAGCUGCAGGGCAAGGACGACCUCUGCAAGUCCAUCCAGCGCAUCCUCGAGAGGGUGCUCAAGAAAUUCGACUAUGACAGCAGCACCGUGAGGAAGAAGUUCUUCAGGGAGGCCCUGCUGCAGAUCACCAUCCCCUUCCUGCUGAAGAAGCUGGCACCCACCUGCAAGGGGGAAUUAGCCAAGUUUCAGGAGCUGAUCUUCGAGGACUUUGCCAGCUUCAUCCUGGUGGAGAACACCUACGAGGAGGUGGUGCUGCAGUCGGUGAUGAAAGACAUCAUGCAAGCUGUGAAGGAGGCGGCCGUGCAGCGGAAGCACAACCUGUACAGGGACAGCAUGGUGAUGCACAACAGCGAUCCCAACCUGCACCUGCUGGGAGAGGGGCUGCCCAUCGACUGGAGCGAGGAGUACAGCGGGCAGCCCGAGGCCGAGCCGGCGGCUGAGAAGCGCCGCAGGGCCAAGCAGGUGGUGUCGGUCAUCCAGGACGAUGAGGGGGCUCUGCCCUAUGGGGCCGAGGCGCUGCCCGGCUCCCCCGAGCCACAGGAGCCGGGGCAGGCACACCCUGGGGUGCCCCCGAGCCCCCCAGACGCGGUGAAGGAGAUCCGGGAUGCGCUGGCACAGGAGAGCCUCGGGGAUGGCACCGGGGCCCAGGAGCGGCUGACCAACGGCACCGAGGGCAGCGGUGCCAGCGAGGAGGGCGUGCUGCUGGCAGGGGCUGCCCCAGGGGAUGUCACACUGCAAGGUCCAGCCCGGGAUGGAGACGGGGUGCACUGUGCCACGGUGGCAUCACCAGCACCUGGAGCUGAGAUCCCAUCAGGCACUGGGAGAGAACGUGUCACACCAGCAUCGUCCCCUGUCCCUGGAGCUGAGAUCCCACCAGGCACUGGGAGAGAACGUGUCACACCAGCAUUGUCACCAGCACCUGGAGCUGAGAAUCCACCAGGCACUGGGAGAGAACGUGUCACACCAGCAUUGUCCCCUGUCCCUGGAGCUGAGAAUCCACCAGGAACUGGGAGAGAACGUGUCACACCAGCAAUGUCACCAGCACCUGGAGCUGAGAAUCCACCAGGCACUGGGAGAGAACGUGUCACACCAGCAUUGUCACCAGCACCUGGAGCUGAGAUCCCACCAGGCACUGGGACACGCCGGGCUGCACCAGCACCGCCUGUGCCUGGAGCUGAGGUGUCAUCAGGGGGGCAGCGUGCCACACCAGCAUCGUCACCUGUCCCUGGAGCUGAGGUCCCAUCAGGGACUGGGAGACAACGUCCUGGACCAGCAUCACCUGUGCCCAGAGCUGAUGCCCCAUCAGGGGCUGAGGUGCCACACGUCACACUGAGAUCAUCCGUGCCAGCAUCUCCUGUGCCCAGAGCUGAUGUCCUAUUAGGGGCUGAGGUGCCACACGUCACACCGAGAUCAUCCGUGCCAGCGUCCCCCGUGCCCGGAGCUGACCCCCCAUCAGUGUCCAGCGUGCCACACGCCACAGCAGCACCAGCCAGCCCCCGAGCCGCUGUCCCAGCAGAGGCCAGGGUGCCACCCGGAGCGCAGAGCCCGUCGGCAGCGUGUCACCAGCGCGGUGACAAGGAGACAGGCCAGCACGGGGAGCGCGGCCCCCCGCAGCCCCGGGGCAGCACGGAGAGCGGUGAGGGGGUGCAGACUGAGUUCUAGCCCCAGCCCCCCGCCAAGGACUGGCCCCGGUGAUGCUGGGGCUGGGGGAGGGGGACAGGACCCCUGGGAGGAGAGCAGCACUGCGGGAGAGGGAGGGGACGGGGACACCGAGACCUUACUGCCUAACGGGGGUCCCGCUGCCGUGGGGCGCCACAGCCCCCACACGGGCACCCCCUGCGCUCUGCUCUGUCCUUCUUCUGCCUUAUUUUCUUUCCUGCUGAGGAAAUGCUUUACUGAAGAGCUUUAUCUGCCCCCCACACCAGUGCCUGGGGUGCUGGGGGGGCUGGCACUAGCCCUGCUGAGGGUGGGUGUGCGGGACACUCCUGGCUGUCCCCGGGGUUGUCCCUGCCCCAGUCUGGGGCAUUUCCUGGGAGCCUGCCCACUGCCACCCACCCCGGCCAGCUCCAGGAGCUGCAGGGGAUGAUGGUAAACAGGGACACAACAGGGACAGCAACGCUGCGGGAUUUGAGCCACUGCUGAGGGGGAGAGCGCUGGGACAGGCGUGGGCUGCUGGUGCCCAGAGUGGGCUCACAGCACCCAGGCUGGGCUCACAGCACCCAGGUCAGGCUCACAGCACCCAAAAUGAGCUCACAGCACCCAGGCUGAGCUCACAGCAUCCAUACUGGGCUCACAGCAUCCAUACUGGGCUCACAGCAUCCAGAAUGAGCUCACAGCAUCCAGGCUGGGCUCACAGCACCCAGACUGGGCUCACAGCAUCCAGGCUGAGCUUCAGGCACCCAGGCUGAGCUUACAGCACCCAGAGCCCACCCCCAGCCAUCCUCAUCCCCAGGAGCUAUUUUAAGUUCAGAGUUCAGUCUCUGGGGGAAGGUGGCACUCAUGCCAUGUCCCAGCUGAGCCUGGCAGGACUGGGAUAAUGCCAGGCUCAGCUCGCUGUGCAGUGGAGAGAUCCCAGCCCUUGCCCUCCAGAUCUCAGCACCUUCCAUGGAUGGUUUCUCCAGCUUUGCAGAUUUUGGCAUCUGCUGUGGUGGCUGAGCAAAGAGCAGGGGUUUGCUGACCCCCCCGUGUAUCGUGGGGCCAGGACUGCUGUGCUGCAGCCCCCACAGUGAUGCCAAAAGCCCUGGAGGUGCUGGGGGUCUGCAGGACUCUGGGUGUGCCACCUGGAGCACUGACACCCACCUGUGCCACCGUUCCUGCCUCAGAAGGGGGGUGCCCAGCCUAACCCACUCAGGGGGCCCCCAAAGUGCCUUGGGAGGCCCCCCUCAAAGUGCCUUUCUCUGUGAACUUCAAACCUGUCUCUUCCAGGAUUAUUUUAUUAAGAAAGUUAUACAAAUGUUUAAAGAUAUGCUUAUAAUAAUUAAUAAAAUGGAAAAGCUUUAUUUAAA